AUGUCCAUGGUGACGGUUUCCAUGAGACACUAUGACGCUGUGGUGGUGGGGUCCGGUUUGGCUGGCCUUACUGCUACUCUUUCUUUGGCCCAGAAGGGCAUGAAGGUGGCGCUUCUUGAAAAAACUGACAAAUUGGGCGGAAACUCCAUCAAGGCCUCUUCAGGCAUCAAUGGCGCCCAAACACGGUUCCAGGAACCAGGCGACCUGGUAUCGCUUUUUGCUCAAGAUACCAUCAAGUCUGGCAAGGGCCUUUCCAAUCCUCAAUUGGUUGAUGUGCUUUCGGAAAACUCAGCAGACGCCAUCCACUGGCUUUCUGACGAAUGUGGCGUUGAUUUGAGCGAUGUGGCGAUGUUGGGUGGUCACUCUUUUGCUCGUACUCACAGAGGUAAAGGACCGCUUCCGCCUGGAUUUGCCAUUGUUUCGGCGUUGAUCAAGAAAACCGAGGCGGCGAAGAAUGUGGAUGUUUUGAAACUGACCACGCUUCGGAGCUUCAGAAUCCACUCGGAUCUUGUGGCUGAUGGCGUGGAAGUGGAAGAUCCAGACCACAAGUUCACGCUUCUUUCGAAAAACAUUGUCCUAGCCACCGGCGGCUUUUCUGCUGAUUUUUCGUCCUCCAGUCUUCUCCAGCGGUACCGGCCCGAUUUGGUACAUCUUCCGCUGACAAAUGGCCAACAGACCACUGGAGAUGGCCAGAAACUCGCUGAAAAGCAGCUCAAUGCCAGACUUAUAGACAUGGACGCCGUUCAGGUGCACCCUACUGGAUUUAUCCAAUUGAAGGACGAUCUGACCGUCGGCAGCAAAUGGAAGUUUUUGUGUGGAGAGUUGAUCCGAGGCAUUGGAGGUGUGCUUCUUUCACCCAAUACUGGUGCCCGUUUUGUGAAUGAGCUUACUACGAGAGAUAACGUUACUCAUGGAGUUUUUGAGAGUUGUCAGAGCGACAGUAACAUUGCGUUUUGUGUUGUUGCAGUCAGCGAAGAGGAUUACCUCAAGGCUAAACCACACAUUGAUUUCUACAUUUCUCAGAGCCUUAUGUUCAAAGGAAGUGCUGAAGACGUUGCAAGCAGAGCAAAGCAGAUCUCUUCUAAACCUAUAGAUCCAGAGAAAUUGGCAGGCGGCCUUAAAGAGUAUAAUCUGGCAAUUGGAAACGACAAGCUUGGAAGAACCAACUUUGGCAAUCCAUUUGGCGAAAACUUCUACUACGGCUUCGUUACACCGGUUCUUCAUUUCACUAUGGGCGGAGUGGCCAUCAACGACCAAGCUCAGGUGAUCACCGAUUCAGGCGAGCCUAUGCAAAAUGUCUAUGCUAUUGGAGAGGUUAGUGGGGGUGUGCACGGCGCCAACAGGCUUGGAGGCAGCUCGUUGCUUGAGUGUGUGGUUUUUGGACGUAAAGUGGCCGAGAAGCUCGGCCCCAAUUUGUAA